GUGGGCGGGGCAAAGGGUCCGUGUGAGACGGCGACGAGUGGUCGGAACCUUCCUUCUACUCCUUCCCUUUCCCCUCCUGGGAAAGACUGGGACCCGGCACUGGGGCUGUCCUGUGGCUGCUGCGGCCUCAGCUACUGCCGGGCCGGGGUACGGAAAGUCCAGACCGCUUCCAAGGCCAGUGCUCCUGAUUGUGAUAUUACAUCCAUCCCCUUGGUGAUGGAGCUUGUCACUAGGAAGGAAGACUCAGUCGGAGAAUAGCCAACAAGAUGGGUUACUGGGAGCAUCUCCUGAGUGGCACUGAGUGGCGGCAUCAGGGGGUUGGAGCCUUGUGAAAAGGGAACCUGCCCCCCAACACUUGGAAGGAUCUGGGUUUCAGUGAUGAGACAUGGGGUAUGAUGUAACCCGUUUCCAGGGGGAUGUUGAUGAAGACCUUAUCUGCCCUAUUUGCAGUGGAGUCUUGGAGGAACCAGUACAGGCACCUCACUGUGAGCAUGCUUUCUGCAAUGCCUGCAUCACCCAGUGGUUCUCUCAGCAGCAAACAUGUCCGGUGGACCGUAGCGUCGUGACGGUUGCCCACCUGCGCCCAGUACCUCGGAUCAUGCGGAACAUGUUGUCAAAGCUGCAGAUUGCCUGUGACAACGCUGUGUUUGGCUGCAGUGCCAUUGUCCGGCUUGACAACCUCAUGUCUCACCUCAGCGACUGUGAGCACAACCCGAAGCGGCCUGUGACAUGUGAACAGGGCUGCGGCCUGGAGAUGCCCAAAGAUGAGCUGCCAAACCACAAUUGCAUUAAGCACCUACGCUCAGUGGUACAGCAGCAGCAGACACGCAUCGCAGAGCUGGAGAAGACGUCAGCUGAGCACAAACACCAGCUGGCGGAGCAGAAACGGGACAUCCAGCUGCUAAAGGCAUACAUGCGUGCAAUCCGCAGUGUCAACCCCAACCUUCAGAACCUGGAGGAGACAAUUGAAUACAACGAGAUCCUAGAGUGGGUGAACUCCCUGCAGCCAGCAAGAGUGACCCGCUGGGGAGGGAUGAUCUCGACCCCAGAUGCUGUGCUCCAGGCUGUAAUCAAGCGCUCCCUCGUGGAGAGUGGCUGUCCUGCCUCUAUUGUCAACGAGCUGAUCGAAAAUGCCCAUGAGCGUAGCUGGCCCCAGGGUCUGGCCACACUAGAGACAAGACAGAUGAACCGGCGCUACUAUGAAAACUACGUGGCCAAGCGCAUCCCCGGCAAACAGGCUGUUGUCGUGAUGGCCUGUGAGAACCAGCAUAUGGGUGAUGACAUGGUGCAAGAGCCAGGGCUUGUCAUGAUAUUUGCGCAUGGUGUGGAGGAGAUAUAGGAGAACUUGACAGGCUGUCAGGAAAAGAUGGAAAUCAGAAAAUCCCAUCACUCCAGCAGCUGGACCCUAAGUCCUCCCCAUUAUCCUUAAUAUUGUGGCUAAACUUGAGCCACACAUCUCCCUGCUCUUCUGGCACUGAAGGGCCCUGGCGCACUUUGCUCAGCCUUUCAAGGUGGGAAACCCAGAUUCCCUCCUUUUGCCAUGUUUCUUCCCCUAAAGUGUCUGUAAAUUCUCAGUCCAUGUGGGAAAGUCCCCAUCUUUAUCUGUUUUCCUGCCUCAGGUCCCUGGUUCCAGAUAUUUUUAGAAAGCACAAAGAGAUUCAUUUUCCUUAAGAGGAUCAGGGUAGAGUGAGGAAUCUUUAAUCAUCCCCCUCCUUCGAAACCAGGGAAUCAUAGCAGGCAGACCUGUUGACUCUAAGCCACAUUUAGAUGGCAGCUCUGGGGAGCAGACAUCCUGAAGAAAUGGUGAAGGUGCAACCAAAACCCUAGAAAUAAAGUGAGGCCAGCCUUGGGAGAAGAUGGGACCUCUAUGCCAAGCAAUAUCCCUGUUCAGUCCACCUUAAAGGUGCAGGCUAAGGCCGAAAAUUUCUAGAUGAGUUCUUCUUUCCUGCACUUUUUCAUAGUUAGGGCAUGACAGGGUUGGGGGUAGGGGUUAGUCUGUUGGAGCUGAUGUGCUCAGCAAGAAAUUGCUCUCUGCUUUUGCUGAAAGAGGGUAGGCACUGCCUCUUGUGGCACAGGCUAUGAUAGUUGCGUAGACCCCUCUCCAGCCCUGUGAUUGUAGUUAGUUAUUUUGGUAAGUUUCUUUGGCCACUGUUUGUUUAUAUUUCACAAUCCCCACCUGCUCUCCAUUUCUUUCUUUUUUUUUUUUUUAAGAAUGGCCUGGUUAUGGCUUCUCCACUUUCUAGCCCAGUCACACUGUUGGCAAUUUAAUUUAUUUAUCUCCUUUUUUUUUAAAGAAAGGAUAAAAGAAAAAAAUCAAAACUUAAAACUUU